CCGGGGUACUCGUAGCGAAAUUGAUCGUAACCCCCGGAUUAACAAGGAUGCUCGACAUAAUAGUAUUUAUGCUUUGUUAUUGAAUUUAACUUUCAAAUUUUAUAUUUAUGUUUAAACAUGUAUUUUGAAUUAAAUGAAAUAAGUACAUGUAUCGAACUGGCUCAAUACAUAGAAAUAAACUAAACCAAAUUCAGCCUAUAGCAUCAAUUUAUUCAGAUGUUCACGCUCCCUUUUUCUUCCCCUUGGCUUUAGAUAACGACAGUUGAUAGAUGACACGGGUCGUACAUUUCACCACACUCACAGACUGACUACAUUUCUGUUUGACAAAUCGCAAAAUCACACGUGGAAUAUCUAGUACAUCCGUUUGCUGUCCACAUUUCUUGAAGGAACUGAAAAAAUGAAAUUCCCCGAUUCUCCACCGACCUUGACCUUAGCUGAGCGGAUGCCAUCUGAAAUUUGUAAGAAACACAUACUAACCGGAUACCGCCGCCCACAUCAACCAUGGUCCUAUUACGUCAUCAGCGUCUUCCACGCCAACAACCAGACACUCAAUGUGUGGACGCAUGUCAUUGGUUUUCUAUUUAUAGCAUACAGGGCAUAUGACAUCUCAUUGACCUUUGACAUGCUACACGACCCAACGUUUCGACCUUUAGGAGCAGGGCUGCUAUGCAUAUUGACGCUCCUUGCUGUUAGCUCAUUCGCUCACAUUUUCGGCGAUAAAUCGGAAGUGGCUCAUUACGCAUGCUUCUGUAUGGACUACGACGCCAUAGCACUACACUCCUUGGGUUGUACCCUGAUCAGCCAUUCUUAUUUUAUCAAAGAAAAAACCCUGGCCUAUUUUCUAGCCAAAUGGUCGAGACCCGGAUGUAUUUAUUUGGCAAUGCAGUUUUCAGUAUUACUUUCUUUUUUAAAAAUCCGCUUCGGAAGAGCCAAUAAACCAAGCAAGAUAUUACAAGGCUUUGCUGCAUAUGCGAGUUACUUGUGGUUCGUGUUGCCGUUGAUACAUCGUCACUUCCGGCAGUCACACAGUAACCAUGACAACAACUUAGGACUACAUAUACAUCAUGUGAUGUUAUUUCAUCUCAAUAUGUUGGUGUAUAUUGCACAUUUGCCAGAACGCUGGUUCCCGAAAACGUUUGACAUUAUCGGGCAUUCCCACCAGCUGCAUCACGUCACUCUAGUACUUACCGUUAAUAGUUUCCUCAACGUGACGCUUGAAGAAUUAAAAUCUUCGUCUUCCAUUGUAAAGUUUAUGGGCAGAAGCCUUGGAACAGUUGAAAAUUCGUACGGAGUAGUAAUGUUUAUGAUAUAUAUCGAUUGUUUCGUUAUUGCAGUUUCAAUCCUUUAUGCAAUCAUGAAAGAUUCACAAAAUUCAGGAACGAGAGAAGAAGCGAGCAGUGUUAAAUCCUCACGGACAGAUCUCUGUGAUAAGAAGCAUCUGUCUGACGAAGGGAUUUGGGUCGAAAACUUGGUGUCUGAUGAAACUACAUUUCAACCAUCCUCUAACAACCCCUAUGCGUACCCUUCAUCGGAAGAGGAAUACGUUAUUGAUAAAUCACAAUGAAUGGCAAACAUUUAAAGUCAAGGAAAGGAAUCAUAAUGUAUGUAAAUCAGCUGAUAUUUUGGACUGAAUAUGUAUUUCGCGGGAUUAUAUGUAUAUUUAUAUCAAAUAUGAUGAUGACAUGUUUUCUGUAACACCAGGCCUGGUUUCAUCAACAUAAAGACAUUCCUGAUAACUUACAAAUUUGCUAAAGUAUUAAUACUAUGUUACACUAUUGCUAUCGCUCUUUUCUUUGACUGACAGAAUUACAGACAUCUGCUUUGGGAUUAAUCAAUAGUAAUUAAUACAAAACAAUAUUAGCCCCUAACAAGGUGUAACACUUGAAGAUCAGACGUUGUAUCGACUAUGGAACGGAAGUAGGCAUGUUGAUAUAGUAAGAGUAGAUUCUAGGGGCUAAUAUCUUUUCUAUAAAUACUAACCAGAAGCAGACUCUUUUGUAUAGAAUACAAUAAAGCUGUGUUAUUUAUUGGU